UUUUUUUUUUUUUCUUUCCUUUUAUCUCAUAUUAUUGUUAUUUUGAUUGAAAUAGAUCUACUAUUUUAAAUGAAUAUUUUCAAGUUACCAAAAAAUAUAAACCGUUUACCUCAUGUAGUCUGGAAUAGAAUAAUACAUACAAGAUAUACUCUUUGUUAUGUUCUUCUUACAUUAUUAUCCACUAUUGUUGUACUUAUAUUACAAGGUCUUACAGCUAAUUUACAUACACAGGCAUUAGUAUUACUUCAAGAUAUUUAUGUCAAAUCAGGUGGUGAUCUAUCUCUAUUGAAUUCGGCUCUUGGUUGGAACCCAGCACAAAAUUCUAUUCCUUACUUGUGGGCAUUACUUGAUUUGAAAAGACUUAAAGAUGAAAAUAUCUUUUUCGUAUUAUUGCGACUCUUUCAAGUUUAUUUUGGUAUUGAUGCUAUUGUACGACAAUCUGUUAUACAAUUGGUGGCUCAUACUAUUCUGGAAAUCAUGUCUAUUGUAUUUGCUGGUACUCAAUUGUAUGAAACUAAUGUUUGUAAAAACUUGGCAACUCCUGCUAUGGAUUCUAUUCUCUUUGAUACUGCUAUUCAUCUAUCUAUCGCCAUCAUCUCUCUUCUUUCUGUAUUUACUUUGAUCUUUGCUUAUUUAUGUAGAAUACUUCGACAAGAAAUUGGUUGGAGUAACUAUAAGCGUUUAGGUGCUGAUCAAGCUCAAAAACAUCGUUAUCGACUGGCCCAAUUAUUUUUAUUGAUACUCAAAUUGGAUGCUUUUUUCCAUCUUGUAUUCUGUGUCUUCUUUUUUGUGGUGAUGACUCAGGAAAAUGUAUAUAAACGUGACUCUGCUGCCGUAGUUUGGUAUAUCUUUCAUCUCUUUGUAACUCUCGUACAAAUUCCCUCCUUCCUCCUAGCACGUCGUGGUGUCACACUGGAAAAACCAAGGUCUAUGCAUAUAUUUUUGGUGUUUCAAGUCAUUUUUAUGAUAGAUUUUAUUAUCAUUUUACAGCAAACUGCUAAUUCCUGGGCUUAUUGGGUGUUGGCUGUAUGUCUUGCCAUUGCAUUAUGUAUCACCACUAUAGUCUUGACCAUCUAUGUGAAACGCAAUUUUAACAUGGGACUCCUCGUUCAUAUGCGACAUCUAUUCGAUGAUGAUGAUAUACUUAAUAAUGAUUAUGGUUUACAAGGGAAAAAAUCACGCGAUUCAUGGCUGAUUGACGAUGAUAUUGAUCCUGAAUUUUUAUCAACUAAUCGCGACUUUGUAUCUACUAAUCAACAAGGAAGCAACAAGAUCGAAAUAGACGAUGGCGGAAAAACUCAAUUGAACAACAACUAGUAAUAUAUUUUAUUCCACCACUUUUGCAUUAUCAUCCUUUAUUUGUACAUUCCCUUUAGUAUAUAUUAUUAUCACUUUUAUUACAUCGUAUAUAUAGACUACAUUUUUAUACUUGUAUACUCAUUUUUUUUUCUUUUUUUUGCAAUAUAACACAAAUAAAAAUAAUUAAUUUGUCUUU